CUGCAUCUCUCUUGAUCAGGUUUGUAGAAGAAAAAAAAAAGGAGAGAAAAACCUCAAAACCCUUUUUGUUUCUGUCCUUAAUUAUCAUACUCCCUUCCCUUUCUUUUCCAUCUGCAGUUAGCAAUCAUGGUGUACCCCAAUGAAUCAUGUGAGACCUCUCCCCAGAAGAAAAUGGGAAGGGGAAAGAUCGAGAUCAAGCGGAUCGAAAACACAACGAAUCGUCAGGUUACUUUCUGCAAAAGGCGCAAUGGACUGCUCAAAAAGGCCUAUGAGUUAUCAGUUCUUUGUGAUGCUGAGGUUGCUCUGAUUGUCUUCUCUAGCCGUGGCCGCCUCUAUGAGUAUGCUAAUAAUAGUGUCAAAGCAACAAUUGAGAGGUACAAAAAAACUUGUGCAGAUUCCUCCAAUACUGGAUCAGUUUCUGAAGCUAAUGCUCAGUUCUACCAGCAAGAAGCUGCCAAACUACGCGUGCAAAUUGGGAAUUUGCAGAAUUCAAACAGGCAUAUGCUAGGCGAGUCACUCAGCGCAUUGCCUAUGAAGGAUCUUAGAAGCUUGGAGAAUCGUUUAGAGAAAGGAAUUAGCAGAAUCCGUUCCAAAAAGAAUGAGCUGCUGUUUGCAGAAAUUGAGUAUAUGCAGAAGAGGGAAAUUGACUUGCAUAACAAUAACCAACUUCUCCGAGCUAAGAUAGCUGAGAAUGAGAGGAAGCAGCAGAACAUAAAUUUGAUGCCAGGAGGGUCUAACUUUGAGAUCAUGCAUUCUCAGCCAUUUGACUCUCGGAACUACUUUCAAGUCAAUGCAUUACAACCCGCCAAUCAUUACCCCCACCAGGAUCAGAUGGCCCUUCAAUUAGUCUAAUAUUCUGGUGGAGUAAGUGCUACAUUCUGCUGUUUCUGUUUUAGCGAAGAGCAUCUUAGUAUUCUGUCAGGUGAAAGCUACCAGUAUCCUGAAAAUGCUAUAAGGCAGGAAUUCAACUUCCCUUAAAUGGAGGACUGUAGUACUACUCUUCUGCCAUGCUUUAGCUAUGUAGUGUGUGUAAGACUGAUAAGUUUGUUUGUCAGACAAGAAGUCCUCUUCCAUAUGUUUAUGGCAUGCACUAGGAUUCUACGAAGGUUAACCCUCAUGAGUUCAUCAUGACAUUUCUCAACCUAUCUGAUAUACAUAUAUAUAUAUAUACUUCUAUUUCU